AUGCUGUUCGCUGCAGCACACGUCUUCCCAAUGGCAAGCGGAAACGAAGAGCAGACAUGUCAGCCCUCGUCGCCGAGGGUCUCGCCGACGCUGGCCAUCGGCGCCUGCCCCGACCUGUCGCGCUGCGUCUCCAUCGCCUCCUCGGCUUCCCACGGGUCCCACACGGACAUGGACGUCGCCUCGAGGGAUUCUCUCGGCAGUGACCUGACCUCGCGUCAUUCCUCAGGCUCCUUCCACUCACACUCCGACCUGUCGAACCUGUCGGCCCAGUCGAGCUGCAGCGGCGAUCGCAAGGCACGGAGCCGCCGCGGCUACGUCCGCCCGCUCGGCACCUACUUUGCCGCCAGCGCGAGGUCCCGCGAGAGCGUCAUGAGCCUCGGCAGCAUCGCCCACCUGCAGUACUACUUCGCCAGGACGGGUCUCCUCGACGGCAAGGGCGGUCAGCUGGCGCGCAAGAAGCAGGGCCAGCGCUCGGCCCUGCACCUGUCGACGGUCGACGCCGCACGGGACGCUCCCCUCAUCGUCGGGUCCGAUGCCGACGUCGACGGCGGCCACAUCCUCAGCCCCGGCACGACGUCACCCGGCGCCGCCGUCGUGUCGUCCCCCGUCGAGAUGGACGGCGACGACGGCGACGACUUCGAGGACAGCUUCGCCGAAUCCGACUCGGGCAUGCUCCCGCCUACCGUGAGCACCUAUCACCACAAGGAGCGGCACGUCCCGAAGCCGCCCACGAUAGUGGAGUUGAAGGCGGACCUCGAGGGCACGCUGCGCAACGCCGCCCGCGCUCUGACCGAGGCGGAGGAGCGCAGGCUCGGCAUCUUCGAGGAACCGGCCGACGCGCCAGAGUACCCCAACAUGCCCGAGGAAAACAGCGACGGCUGGUACCGGCUCCAAGGCAUGCACAUCCUCGACGUCGUCACCCUCGCCAUCCGGGCCGCCAAGAUGUACUACACGGCGCACGAGAUGCCGGACCGACUCGACUCCAUCAAGCCCGAGAGGCAGGUCCGCGCCGACUUGCUCGCCGUCAUGGAGGUCUUGAAGCAGAUGGCCACGCGGGACUUCAAGGGCGGCAUGAAGGAGGAGGAGAUCAAGACGAUGCGCGCUUGGGUCGACAGCGUCUUCGGCAUCCUGCGGAAGGAGGAGGAGGUGGAGGAGGCCGAGAAGGCCGAGCAGGGUAGCUGGACCUGGCUGGGCGACGACUGGGCCGGCAGCGAAUACGAGCGCGAGAGGGCCUUUCUCCUGUCCAUGGACCCCGAGGCCGGCCCCUUGCCGGAGUGGAGGCCCCUCGCCGAAGCGCCAGGGGCACCGACGGCCUUCCUCCUCGCCAUGCAGAGUGGCCUACGCCUCGUCAAGCUGCACAACGCGGCGGUCAAGAAGUCUAGGAGACGAUUCGGCACCAUCCCUACCUACCACACCGACACGCAAAAGCCCUACAGGUGCGCGGAUAAUUUGCGCUACUGGGUCAAGGCCGCCGAGCUCCGCUUCGAGGUCCUGCUCAAGGUGGACGCCCUGGGCAUCGUCUACGACAACGGACCCGAGGUCUGGCAAGAUUUCGAGGCUGCCCUCCUGACUUGGUGCCGCCACGUACGGGAGGAGAUUGUCAGCGACAUGAACAAAUGA